AGGGGCAACUCAGAGGGAAAAUCUCACUGCAGGCUGCACUGAAGUUUUCUGUUUCUCAGAUCUCCGCCCCUCCAUGAAUGUUAUAUAGUGUAUACGGUGAAACCUGAAACUGCAGCAGGCCUAUAUUUGGUGCCCCACUCUCUUCUUGAAACUGUCAUUGGACAGCAUUAUGAAAGGACGCACAGAUGACAUGGAGAACAUGUCCAAGGUGGAACCCUCCAAUGGGCACAGCAGGCCCCUGGACAUCGUGCCAAGUACAGAAGAGAAGAUGGUAGACAGGGGUCAGUGGGGCAACAAGCUUGAGUUUGUUCUGUCAGUGGCCGGAGAAAUUAUUGCUGGGAAUGUCUGGCGUUUCCCCUACCUAUGUUAUAAGAAUGGAGGAGGUGCCUUCUUUAUCCCAUACCUCAUCUUCCUGUUUGCUUGUGGGAUCCCGGUCUUCUUCCUGGAGACGGCACUGGGUCAAUACACCAGUGAGGGAGGCAUCACCUGCUGGAGAAAAAUCUGCCCAUUGUUUGAAGGAGUGGGUUAUGCCACCCAGGUGAUUGUUGCUCUGCUUAACGUCUACUACAUCAUUGUGUUAGCCUGGGCCAUCUUCUACCUUUCCAACUCUUUCACUUGGGAUCUGCCCUGGGCCUCUUGCAACAACACCUGGAACACAGAUUCCUGUAUGGCAUUUCAGAGGGGGAAUAGCUCCAUCAAUCACCAUGAGAACACCACCUCUCCCGUCAUUGAGUUCUGGGAGCGAAGAGUGCUGAGAAUUUCCCCAGGUAUUGAUCACAUUGGCUCUCUGAAUACUGAUCUGGUUAUCUGUCUGGCCAUUGCAUGGGUCAUCUGCUACUUCUGCAUUUGGAAGGGAGUAAAGUCUACUGGCAAGGUGGUUUACUUCACAGCCACUUUCCCUUAUGCCAUGCUACUGAUCCUGCUGAUCAGAGGAGUCACCCUUCCAGGAGCCUCCAGGGGAAUCCACUUCUACCUCUACCCCGACCUGGGACGGCUGUCUGACCCACAGGUAUGGAUGGAUGCUGGAACUCAGAUCUUCUUUUCCUAUGCCAUCUGCCUUGGUUGCCUCACCGCCCUGGGAAGCUACAAUAAAUAUAACAACAACUGCUACAGGGAUUGCCUGUGCCUCUGUUUCCUGAACAGCGGUACCAGUUUUGUUGCAGGUUUUGCCAUCUUCUCCAUCUUAGGAUUUAUGUCCUAUGAGCAGAACGUGCCCAUCUCAGAAGUGGCUGAAUCUGGUCCAGGUUUGGCCUUUAUAGCCUAUCCCCGUGCUGUGUCCAUGAUGCCUUUCUCCCCUCUAUGGGCCUGCUUUUUCUUCAUUAUGAUUGUUUUUCUGGGACUAGACAGUCAGUUUGUGUGUGUGGAGAGCCUGGUGACAGCCAUGGUGGACAUGUAUCCCUCCACCUUCCGGCGUAAAAACCGCAGGGAGCUUUUCAUCCUGGCAGUGGCUGUGGUGUCCUUCCUCUUUGGGCUCAUCAUGCUGACAGAGGGAGGCAUGUACAUCUUCCAGCUCUUUGACUACUAUGCAGCCAGUGGGAUGUGCCUUCUCUUUGUGGCUGUUUUUGAGACUGUUUGCAUUGCUUGGAUUUAUGGUGCGGACCGUUUCUAUGACAACAUAGAGGACAUGAUUGGCUAUCGCCCUAGCCCUGUCAUCAAAUACUGCUGGCUUUUCUUCACCCCUGCAACAUGCUUUGGAACCUUUGCAUUUGCCUUGAUCAAGUACUCACCUCUGAAGUAUAACAAUGAAUAUGUAUACCCAUGGUGGGGCAAUGGCAUAGGCUGGACCCUGGCCCUGUCUUCCAUGCUGUGUAUUCCUGUCUGGGUAGCAGUGAAACUGUACUACACCCCUGGAACACUGAGAGAGCGCUUUGCUCUCUUGACCACUCCGUCCACUGAGUUACCGAAGACAAAGCAGGAACAGGAGAGGCUGCUAGCCAUCUUUGCAGCAGAUGGCGACAGCCUCCAUCAGAAAUCACCUCCCACUAGAGACGGCUACUUCCCUGUUGAUGAAAAGGAGUCUCAUUGCUAGAGACUUGAGGUGGGAAUCAGAGGCUUGUAGGGGUCAAAGGUCACUCCUCAGCUUUGACGCUCUAUCUGGCCGCCUCCCAUCUCUCUCUGCAAUACCUCACCAGACAAGGUGGCGAAACAGGCACAGUGCAGACUUUAAGAGUCCCCUGACCUGUAACUGCUGAUCUGCUGCUGGAGCUUUCUACUUUGUACACUGCCUUCAACACGCAAUAUAAUGGCAUCUUACUUAAAAAGUUACAUCCUUUUUUGGAGAGUGUUACCUUCUGAUUUGCCAGUGGCAGAGUCACGUGUACAUUGCAAAAAAUGUGGCCAUUGUUGUUACACAGUGGCUAGGAAUUUACAUUUGAUCGUGUCUGCUUUCUAAGGAAGCAUUUUUUUCCUGUUAUGUACAUCUCUAAUGUUCAGGUAGCCUGACAUGACAUUCCGUUACUGUAUUGAUUCUUACAGCUGGCUGCUGCGAAUGGAGCGUGAGAGAUGUCACAUGAGUUCACAGAUCAUAAAUGUUCACUUGAAUAAAAGCUGUGUAUAAAGCAUGUCUGUAAUGCAUACAAAGUACGAGAGUAUAGAGUAUUCCAUCUAUCAAUCCAAUCAUGCUGACAGCUCUAUUUUUAUAUACUAUACGGUAGUGAGCUAUCACCUCAGGAUGUAAAAUGUUCUAAUUAAAAAAUUCAUUCUAAAUCAUACUAAUAACCAAUACUUGAAAAUUAGAGAAGAAGAAUUAGAUUAUAAAUUUACAUUUAGCUGAACUGACCACAAAUCAACUUAAUUAUUUAACGUUAACAAUUAACGUUAUGUUGAUUUAUUCAAAAAAUUAUUUUGCUUUGAUGAACAUUGCAGAGUUACAUGAAUAUGUUACAUGCUUGUUUCAAUCUUCUCAUUAUUCACAUGAUUUUAAUUUAGUUGCCUUAUCUCUAUAUUAUAUUAUACAUUAUAAGUGCGCGCCAGAAGAGACAUGUUGUGCCACUUAGAUGUGAACAGGGGAGGCUGGUUAAAGCGUUUCAUUCCAAAAUGAACAUCUCUCAUGUCAUCUUUUUUCUGCUGUAUGAUAAUGAACUUCAGCAAGUGUUUCCUCAGAUGUUGGAAUAAAUAUGAUCAUUGAUUACUGAUAGGGGACACUUAUAUAACUUUUUACUACGCUAAAAUAAUUUUUUAUGAUAAAUAAAAAAUACUUUAAUUUGAAACAUACAUUUCUGUUGAAAUAUAUGUUUAUAUUUUGUGGGACCUACAAUUUAUUAUUCAAUGUGUGAAUUGUCUGAAAUUAAUUCAUGUGUAUAAAUUGAUGAUAAAAAAAUUUCUAAACUUCAGCAGUACAGUUCUCAUUUAAAGUAACAUCCCAUUCUUGAAUAAUAUUCAAUUAUCUGUAUGUUAUACCUCAUUUGCAUUAGGUAAUCUAGUAUUACUUGAUAUUACUUAUUAGUAUUUAGGAAUUUAGGAAUACUGUGGUUUGUGUAAGAUGAUGUGCUGUCUUCAAAAAUGUAUUGUUUUACGUACUUUUACAUUUAUAGCAACACAGUACAAAGUUGCAACAUGUACAACUAAGUAAAAUACAAUGUGUUUAAUCUUUUGGGUAGUUGUGUAAUUGAUUAACACUAUAGUCAACUGUAUCAUAGAGCCUCAAUUCCCUUGAAAUAAUAAUAAUAAAUAAGUAUUUGAAUAUA